GCGUACACAGAAAAUGAUGUGCUUGACCUCAGUGGAAAAUCUGACACUCCUGAAAAAGUCGUCUCAAAGAAAGUGGACGACGAUGUUAUUCUCCUCAGUGAAGACGAGGAUGAGGCUAUGAUCGACGCCAUCUGCAAUGAGAUGGAAAAAGAAAACACACCCAGUUCAGUUUUGCACUCAAAGUCCAAGGCAUUACUGGCCAAAAUUGAGAGCGAGUUGAGAAACGAAGAAAGUGCUUUAUUGCUUUUACAGCAGCUCCGUGCGAAUCAAAGAGCUCAUUCUUCCCAGUUAAAAAGCAGCAAGAGCUCGGUGCCACACAAUGCGCCCAAAACGCCAGCACCUACGCACAGCAAUUCGAUGCAUCAUCAUGUGACUGCUGCAGAUCGUGCUACGAGUAGUCCAUCUCCAGCGCGCGUACACCAGUCCGUCCCUCCUGCUAGACCCGUUCCAGCUUCAUCUCAGGCACUUCAGCAACAACCGAACCUAACUGGCCACCAAGUACCAAAAGUUACAAAAGUUAUGGCGAUACAGGCACUUGAGCAGCAAUGCAAUGGGAAAAAAGCAGUGCUGCAAAAGCAUCUCGAGAAAAACUUGGACAAAGUAUCACUACCGAGACCUGCAAGCGGUGCAGGUCCAUCGGAUGUAGCGUUUGUUCCUAGCACUCUCACUAACGAGUUCACAGCCCUGAUUGGGUUGGAGGAAAUCGUCCACACCAUUCAGGUAAAAUGCCAGUGGUCCACUAACCGGGUUAUAGCUUCGGAUGUCGGCUUUUCGUCCCCUUUGGUGGAAAACCGCAACGAGAAGACAGUAAAUAUGGCGUCCUCAGCAGANAGGCUAUUCGAGACAAUUGGUCGUAUGGGAGUAUUUCGCGAGGUGCAAGGGAAGGGCGACCAGCCGCAACCCUAG